AGUUUCAAUUGAAACUAGGGACUGAAUGUGAUUCAUAGUUGAUCUUUUACUUCUCAGGUUGAACAAAAAGUAAAAACAUGUUGAGAAAUAUUUCAAAGUUGCUUAGAAAAACUGCUUGUCAGUUCGGCAUUUCAGACCUUCGUGGUACUGCAAGAAUGCCACUCAAGAACAAGUUCUCCACAUCAGCUGCUGGCUGCAUACAAGCUGUGUCUUCGGUGUCACACAGGAGGAAACCUAAUGCCAUGGCCUAUGCUCUUCUGAUAAUUCCUGGGUCAGCUUUUUGCCUGGGCUGCUGGCAAGUGUACAGGAGGCAGUGGAAGCUGAGGCUCAUCAAUGAACUGCAAGACAAGAUGGCACUGCCACCCAUUGAACUACCAAAUGAUUUAUCAAUGCUGCAAGACUUGGAGUACAGGAAGGUGCUGGUGAAGGGCACUUUUGACCAUUCCAAAGAAAUGCUUUAUGGGCCUCGACCAGCUCUGUAUGACGGCCGAUACAAGGAAACCGGCAGCCUCGUCUCAUCAGGAUCGUCUGGAUUUUGCAUCAUCACGCCAUUGAAGCUCUCAGAGACUGGGGAGACGAUCUUGGUGAACAGGGGCUGGGUGCCCAAGAAGUUCAAGAAUGCCAAGACUCGUCUGCAGGGACAGGUUGAAGGAGAACAAGAGAUCACAGGCGUGGUCAGGCUGCAAGAAAACAGAUCACCUUUCAUGGCCAAAAGUUCUGCACAGAACCAAAUGUUUCUCUACAGAGAUGUGGAGACCAUGAGUGCCAUGACGGGCAGCUUACCCGUCUUCCUGGACGCCUGCACGGGUGUCCCUGGGGGGCCGAUGGCCGGCCAGACGCGCGUCUCAAUCAGGAACGAACACUUGUCAUACCUGCUGACGUGGUACAGUCUGAGUUUCAUCACGUCUUUCCUGUGGUACCGAAAAUACAUCAAUCCAAGGGCGUUUAUUUGAUCAUUUGUCAACGGUUCAUGUGCCGGAAUCUUAUUUCAUUGAAUUGUUUAUGUAAAUUCAUCCCAGUGUAUAUCUAAAAUUGCUAUUUCAUGAAGCUGUGAACAUAUUAUUCGCCAUGGGAAAAAUAACGGUUGAAUGCACGGUUGAUUUUACUAGUUUCGUAUUUUGAACGUUAGGGUAUAUUUUGUUAGUUCAUUUUGAAUUUGUUCACUCAUCCUUGUUAAGUGUAUUAGAAUGUAUUUAUGCGCUUCCGUUUCUUCAAGACGUGCUUCAUCACCUUGGAAGAUGUUCAAGCACCGAUUGUGUGCGAAUUUAAGGUCAUUUAGAACUAGUAUUUGCUAUAUCACUGUGUUAACAUACGUCGUUGAUCAAGAAACUAGAUUAUAUCUAGUUGUUUCUUUCAUUGUCCCAAAGACCCACAACCAAUGUGGAUAAAUGAUGCUGUGACUCCAUAUCUAUGUUGUAAGUCUUGAAAAACACAUUCUAUUACUAUGCACCCCAUCCCCGGGCUGUUUUAAAUUCUAUUUAUUCUUAUUCCAAUUUUUUCAGCACCAAAUGUUGAGACAUUGAACUGUCGCGUCUGCUAACGAAUAACAUUAAAUAGUGAUGCCGGCGCUAAAGAGAGGCCUGAUGUGGCCUGUCGCCGAUUCUUAAACUUUUCUUGUGACUUGUUCGCAGAAGAUCUAAAAUAUUGUCAUUUGACCGGA